UCACCGGCGCCAUAUUAAAGAUUUGCUGCUGUUUUCUCCGUGUCGCUGUUGCCAUCUUUCUGUUUCCAGCUGGACUCAGAGAGACCAGAGAGUAGCAAACAUACCUCCACAAUGGAAAUCGACACGCUUCUGGGAGCAUUUCGAGAUUUCGAGAAGAAGGGAGACAAGGAAAGCUGCCCAAUUUUGGAUCAGUUUCUAUCGCAUGUUGCAAGAACGGGAGAGACCAUGAUUCAGUGGUCUCAGUUUAAAAGCUACUUCCUCUUCAAACUGGAAAAAGUGAUGGAUGAUUUUAAAGCCUCAUGUCCAGAGCAGCGGGGACCUGCAAAUCCAAAUGUUGAGUACAUUCCUUUUGAAGAAAUGAAGCAGAGGAUUCUCAAAAUCGUCAAUGGGUACAACGGGAUUCCUUUCACUAUUCAACGUCUCUGUGAGCUGCUUACUGAGCCAAAAAGAAACUACGCAGGAACAGACAAGUUCCUCAGGGGUGUGGAGAAGAAUGUAAUGGUGGUCAGUUGUGUGUAUCCUACCUCAGAGAAAAAAGGGUCAAGUUGUGUGAACCGAAUGAAUGGUGUCAUGUUUCCUGGCAACACUUCAGCUUUUCCAGAUAGAAAUGUGAAUGGUCCAGGAACACCAAGGCCGCUGAAUAGACCAAAACACUCCUUGUCCAGCAAUGUAGCUACAAACGGCCUUCCUGACAGCACAGAAAGCAAAGAACAAGCCUCUGAGCAAUCAGAGAGGACAGUCAGCGAGUCUUCGGCAUCAGAAGCAGAAGGUUUACAUAGUGGUCCAGUGAAGAGUAAACAUCGUGAUGACGAAGAUGCUACACAUGCUGAGACACAUGAAGCAAAGAGGCUCAAGUUUGACAAGGAGGAAGAGGAGGAGGGGGAGGAGGAGGAAGACGAUGAAGAUGGGGAUGGAAUGAAGAAAGAGAUUGAUGAACAGCACUCGCCCUGCACAUCAGUAGCCGAGAGCUCAUCAGACGUAACGCAGUCUUCAACAGACGUCAAUGCUGAGGUGAAGGAUGAAGACCAAGAGCCCUCUAGUACACAGUCAGAGGUCGUAGAAAAUGGGGUUGACAGAUCUACUUCAGAAGAUUCACCCGACCCUUCCCACAACAAAGCAACUGGCAGUGAAUCGGACCUUCAAGAGCAGCAAGCGGGGGAGGAGGAGGAGGAAGAAGAGGAGAGCGCAGAGGCUCAGCAAACAGAGGAGACAAAUGACCCAGUCAGCAGUAGCAGCAAUAACAGCAGUGACGAGGGACUGUCCAGUGCAGAUACUCCAUCUGCGUCUCCCAGCAGUUCCACAGAGCUGCCAGCAGAGGGCAGUGUCACCGCAGAAAUCACUUCAGACAGCUCAGAGACUGCAGAUGACAACAUGGAGCAAGACUGAAGUGUGGCCACACGCUGUUGAUUUUUACACUCUACUGUACAAACCCCCCCACAAAUUACUUAUCCUGCAAAUUUAGCAGAUCCUUUAUAGACCAGGAGAAGAGGGCAUUUUGGUGACGCCCCUAAAGAGCUCUCGAGACGCAUCUCCUCCUUUUGAGCCUCCUUUGGGCAUUGUCUGUUAAUAUGGGUUCUUCUCUGAAGAACCACUUCAAAAACUGGAAGCUCACUUUUCUGAUGGCUUAGCAGAGCAUUUGCCAUUGAAUAACACAAGUCCUUGUGUCCAUGGCGCUUUUCUGUAAUCCUACUCUAAUCAUGGGUGUCCAUCAAAUUCAUGUCUCUCGCCUGCUUUUCUAGGAGUGAAAACGUGGCACAUCUUUGGUUUGUGUGAACAUAUGUUUGAAGGGUAAGGGGCGUAUGUGCACUUCCUUUUUAGUUAUGUCCAGUCAACAAAUGAUCUCAGGAUUCCCGUUGAAUGGCAGACCGGUGUCUAAACAUUCCAGGAGAACACCCACUUUUGCCCUUAUUGCCUUCCGCAUUCAUCUGGUGGAUUGUAGCACAAAGUGCUCAAUAGCAGAAUUUAGCCUGAUUUCCUUUCUUUGCUAAUUGUUUCUCUUUUAUUUUUAGCUCCUUUGAUUUUAACUGCCUUCCCAGCAUAGCACCGAAAUGUAUUAAUCCACUGAUGCUGGUAAAUAGAUUCUAAAAUGGACUAAUGUGAUUUUCCAUGCACUAGAUGCUUGAGUGCUGUUGGUUGCAAUGUGUAACUUAAUAUAGUGAGCCUGUCUUUUCAACCGACAUAAUGUGCUUAACCACUAUUGAGCCAUUCUUAUUUGUUAUGAGCUUUUCAUUUUCUUUCAUAAAACGAACGAUGGCAAACAGUUGUAUACAAUUGAAAUGAACAACACAGUCAACAGCAACAUCUCUUAAACUGUACUUUUCAUGCUUCCUACAGACAUGUAUAGAGGCUGUCCCACCCAUACCUAUUUCCACAGCUCCUUUUUGAUAUGUAGAAUUUUUAAAUUAGAUUUUUGUAGAUUAUGAUAAGUGUUCACUGCUUUUGUGAAAAGUGAAAUUGUAUGAUCUCCAUGUGAACUGAACGCUUGGGCUUUCGACAGUAUUUCUGAAGAGCAAUAAAUGUUCACAUUAAAAUCGG